AUGGAGGCAGCAAAUAAACCAAUUUCUUCAAUUUGCAUUAAACCAGGAAAUGAAGAUUGUGUGUAUAUCUCUGCUGGAAAUGAAAUAUUGUCCUUUGAUGUUCGUAUGGGAACUCAAUCAAAGCCAUUAGAGACGUAUAACUACAAUAGAGAUGAAAUCAAUCUGAUUGCUGUCAGCUCUAAAGGUUUUCUCGCUGCUGCUGCAGAUGAUAGUGGGGAUGUUAAGUUGUUCCUUGAUAAAUUUUCAUACAGAUUUGCAGCAGCGUGCAAUUCAUUCCUUGGAGACCUUGGACAGAAUGGCAGUUCUUCCGGUAGUGCAGGGCAAUGUUUCAACCCUGCUUUUGUUCAUUCAGUAGCAGUUUCUGAAGAGGGUAUUUUGGGAGGGCUCUACAAGGCGUCGGAGAAGAAGCAGUCGAACCCGAUGCGGGAGAUCAAGGUCCAGAAGCUCGUGCUCAACAUCUCCGUCGGCGAGAGCGGUGAUCGCCUCACCCGUGCCGCCAAGGUGCUGGAGCAGCUGAGUGGCCAGUCACCGGUGUUCUCCAAGGCAAGGUACACUGUGAGGUCGUUUGGGAUCCGGCGAAAUGAGAAGAUCGCGUGCUAUGUGACGGUGCGGGGUGAGAAGGCAAUGCAGCUGCUGGAGAGUGGCCUGAAGGUGAAGGAGUACGAGCUGCUGAGGAGGAACUUCAGUGAGACUGGCUGCUUUGGAUUUGGUAUCCAAGAGCACAUUGAUCUUGGCAUCAAGUAUGACCCGUCUACUGGUAUCUACGGCAUGGACUUCUAUGUCGUCCUUGAGCGUGCCGGGUACCGUGUCGCCCGUCGUCGCAGGUGCAAGUCUCGUGUUGGGAUCCAGCACAGGGUCACCAAGGAGGAUGCCAUGAAGUGGUUCCAGGUCAAGUACGAGGUGUGA